CUCAGAUCCUGGUGCCAAGGUGAAGUGGUGAUAUAAAGAGGCCAAGAAGGGGAAUAGCUGCCUGCACUACUUUCUGGACAAAAUGAACCUUGCCCUUCUCCUUGUGGCAUUGGUGGGCACAAUUGGUGCAGCUAAUGCUGCAGUCCCCCGGAACUUAUGGCAAUUCCGCAACAUGAUCAAAUGCACCAUCCCAACCAGUGACCCACUGAUGGAUUACAACAACUACGGAUGCUAUUGUGGCUUAGGAGGCAGUGGGACACCAGUGGAUGACCUAGACAAAUGCUGUGCGAUUCAUGACCACUGCUAUUCCGAAGCCAAGAAACACCCCAAGUGUAAAUUCAUUCUGGACAACCCCUACACGGAGAUGUAUUCCUAUAGCUGCUCUGGCAGUGAUAUAACUUGCAGUGAAAAGAAUAACGAAUGCGAGUCGUUUAUCUGUAAUUGUGAUCGCAGUGCUGCCAUCUGUUUCUCAAAGGCUCCGUACAACAAGGACUACAAGAAUUUGAACACUAGCGAAUUCUGCCGCUGAAGCUUGGACUGCCUCACCAAUGCAGACCUUUGUGUCCACUCCUGACCAGGGUGUCACAAGCACUUUUGUAGGCAGCAGGAAAGUAGGAGAGUGAAAAAAGAGAGUUUUUUAAGUAAAUUGCACACCUGUGUAAUAAAGUAAUAAAACGUAGCAUCGAAAGCUG